AUGCGCUUUCGACGGGAGCAGUCACCAAGGACCCAGCCUCUGCUCCUGUUUGGGCUUGUGAUCGGUGCUCUAGUCCUUUGGGACUGCUGGUGGCAGCUAUACUGGAAAGCUCCGCUCACAAAUGACGCCAGCGCUCGACCACAACUACUUCCGCAGCAAUGGUUCACCCGAACACGGACAGGUCAGUUGCGAUCGCUUGCCCAGGAGUACUUGUCGCCCUGGUUGCUUUUGGGUAUUCCACGAACCAUGUUGGAUGCUGCUGAGGUUCCUUUUCACGGUGCUGGUGUACAUAUUCGGGUGCCGGUAAACCUGAGCGCCUCAAAGCGUGAGCCGUAUAUCCUCUACAGAGUUCUUGAUCAUUUUCCGCAGACGUAUCGAGACCAGCGCCUGCGCUGGAUCCUGCAGCUGACGUUGGACGCUUUGCCGCUUCCACCAGGUACAGAGUUCUACGUUAAUCUCGGUGAUUGUCCGCGCUCGACAGCAGACUCCUCCGGGCGAGCAGCAUUCGCCGGGAUGCCGAUUUUCUCGUUUCGUACAGGCGCAGCGUACAUCGAUAUCCCUAUUCCAGAUCCGGCAGAAUACGGCGCUUACGGUAACUACCAGCUGGUCGAUCGUAGCAGUCGUGAAACACGACACGACGACUUGAACGGCUCCGAUGAGGAUGCUGGCGGCGCGAGUAUCCGCAGCGACGAGGCGAUGCGCGGUACUGCAGCCUCGACUAGCGCAGACUGGAAGCACCGCGAUGCACGGGCAUUCUUUCGCGGAGUCACAUCUGCAUUCGAGCACCACGAUGGCAAUGAAGUUGCCGAUGUACGUAUCCAGCUGCACGUUCUCGCUUCGCGUCACCCGGAUCUGUUCGACGCUGGCGUGGUGGCGUUCACCAAGUUCGAAAACAGCUCGCUGGCGCUAUCACCAGCAGCAUACAACACCGCACGUGUUCCUGAGACGCCGAUGGAGCAGCGGUACCCUCCAUUGCUGCCACGAACACCGUUAUCCAGCAUGCAACGCUAUCGCUAUGUGCUUGAUGUGGAUGGCGGACUAGGUUCCUCACGCAAGAGAUCUAUACUUCUGUCGAGCGGGGCCGUGCCCCUCUUUCAGCAAUCGCCCUGGAAACAAUGGUACGAGCCGCUGCUGGUGCCAAAUGUGCAUUACCUGCCGGUGGACCGCUGGCUCCGCAACCUGACGAAAAUCGUGCGCUUGUUGCAUCACCAGGAUCGCGAAGCGCAGCGGAUAGCGAUUCGAGCCAGCACUUUCGCUCGCCACUACCUCAGCUACGAGGUAGCCGUGUCGUACUAUCGUAUUCUGCUACUUCAGUAUGCGCAGCUGCUCCAACCUCGCCGUGAAACAAACGGCGAGCUCAGGGAUGCUCAAGUGCCGUGGCACCAUUGUGCGCAGCGUCCGGGUCUGCGUAACGGCCCCAUGGGGUGCUGGCGCGGCUGGUUCGUCUACCGCUCGGGCGAUGCGUUACCCUUCGGGUGCUCGUAUCGACGAGACCGUACGCCGACGCAUCAGUGCUGGCGAACACUACCUCGUGACCCGAGCAUGAUAACGCUUUUUUCGCCAUGGAACGCCUCAGGAUCGCCCUGGUUGCGACAGGAGAAGCGUGGAAUCCACGAAUCGUACCCGACGGAAGCAAGCGCUGGCUAG